GAGAAGAAGGCGAAAAAGGUGAAGAAGGUGAGCGACAAGGAGGCGAUCUACAGGGCUGCCGCUGGCACGCACGAGGUGGUCUGGAAGCCCUUGAAGAUCGAGAUCGAUCCGAGCUGCGACACUGGCGAGACCGCAACGGGGAAGGGCAGAUACUGGUUCCUGGUGCCUUACUUGGUGGACAUCAUGCCCCUCAUCGACGUUUCCAAGCAGGCGGGCUUGAUCUUCCGCCGCCGCAUCGACUGGGACAGCAAGGCCCUCGAGAAGAAGAGCGAGACUAAGCGCCCAGGGGAUGCGGGCUUUGGCGCGGGCAGCGCGA